AUGCCAAGAAAUUGGGUCGCUCAAAUUGCAGAGCAUCCUGGUGCAUCAUUGGAGCAAAUCCAAGGAGAGCCUGAUUGGAGAAUCAGGCACAACCAUCGCACAGGAUUCAAAAACCACGACGGUCGCAGACCAGGAUUCACAGAGGAAUUGCUUCGUGAAGAAUUGGAGGAUGAGGACGUUGUGGAAGACGCGGAGAAGCAAUUUGAACGGCUCCGUCGGAAAGCCCAUCAGAAUAAGCUCAUCAAUUUUCGUGACCUGGUGCACGGUAUCAAAGACUUUCACUUGGUUCAUCCAGACCUUCGGCCCUCAGGUUGGCGAUACGUAUUGGAGAGUACGGAAGAUUGGAUCAAGUAUGGUCAGAACUGGCCCUGUAACUUGAGACGCCAGGAGCAACAGGAGCAGAAGCAAGGGGACAAUGCAGAAGAUGAUGAGCAUAAUGCUGAAACCGAGAGUUCCGCUGAUGGAACGUCCAGUGAUGAUGAUCAGGAAAAGCCAGACGGUGAUGAGUCAACUUCGAAUCUGGCAACACUGCUGAAACGGGAGCGGAAAUAUAUCGACGGUCUAGAGAGCAAUGAUGGACUCGGCAAAAGUCCACAGGCUGCGGCUCGAGUAGAUUUAACAAUCGACGAGGCAGAUCAAUUUACCCCAGACAACUGGUUCCCUCGGUCUCCGGAACUCAUCCGUGUUACAGGUUCACAUCCUGUGAAUGCAGAAUCACCGCUGACAGAACUGUUUACGGCCGGUCUCAUUACACCAAACUAUCUGCACUAUGUACGAAAUCACGGCCCUGUUCCCCGUCUCCACUGGGAAUUUCACAAGCUGGAAGUCCUUCACCAAAACAACAAACAUGUGUUCUCUAUGGAGGACCUAACGACCAAGUUCUACACCAUCAAUAUCCCUGUGUUCAUGGCUUGUGAUGGAAACCGCCGAAAAGAGCUGAACCAGAUAAAAAGAUCCAAGGGUUUCAAUUUUGGCCCAGGAGCAGGAGGAUGCGCUUAUUGGAAAGGCGUGUUGUUGCGGGAUGUUUUGCUUGAUGCUGGCAUCGAUGAUCCACUGUCAGUACAAGGACGGAGAAAAACAGAUGUACCUCGCUGGGUAAACUUUGAGGGAUCAGACGACCUACCUGAAGGCAAAUACUCUACUUGCAUAGAUCUAGAGUAUGCCAUGGAUCCUCGAAACGACGUCCUACUGGCGUUUCAAAUGAAUGAUAAGCCAUUGCCGCCUGAUCAUGGCUAUCCCCUACGACUGAUCAUACCAGGCUACGUGGGUGGGCGAUGUGUCAAAUGGCUCAAGCGCAUAUGGACCAGCGAUAAGGAGAACGACUCCUAUUAUCAUAUUUGGGAUAACCGCGUUUUGCCGUCCUUUGUCACGGACAACAACGGUGAACUUGCAGAGGAGUUGUUCCGCCAUAGGAGCACAGCAUGCAAUGAACAAAUUCUCAAUUCCGUAAUCACACGCCCAGAGCAAGGAGAAAGAAUUCCCCUGUCGACAGAUCCGGCGGAAACUUACCGAUUGCGUGGUAUUGCAUUCAACGGAGGUGGACGCAUCGUACAGCGCGUGGAAGCGUCUGUUGACGGAGGUAGAUCCUGGCUAUAUUGCUUUCGCAAGUUCCCGAAAAGACCGAUUCGUCACACGGAUAAAUUUUGGACAUGGAUCCAUUGGCACGUAGACGUACCGAUACUUGAUUUGAUGAACGCAAAGGAGAUUGCAGUUCGGUGUCUGGACGUUUCCAAUAAUAUCCAGCCGUCUGAACUUACCUGGAAUGUGAUGGGAAUGAUGAACAACGCGUACUACAAAGUGCAACUGGAAAUCACCAUGUCUGACAAUGAGAAUGGAGUUGGUACGCUGCUCUGUCGACACCCAGUUGAGCCUGGGUCCGGUGACGGAGGGUGGAUGAAGCCAAGCGUAGAGAACACUAUUGAGCAGAAGAAACUAGAAGCUCGAGCGGGGUCUACCGGGAAGCGAUUCACACGAGAAGAGAUUGAGAAGCAUGAUGAGGAGAACGACUGCUGGAUUGUGGUGGACAAGGGCGUUUACGAUGCAACCUCGGUGCUAUCAUGGCAUCCUGGUGGCUCUGGCAUUAUCCUCGCCCAUGCAGGCAGAGUCCACCAAAAAGCCACAGAAGAGUUCAACAGUAUUCACGACUCUUAUGCAUGGGAGAAACUAAAUGAAUGCAUGAUCGGCACAGUGACAGACAAAGUAGCAAAGUUCCUUGAUCAACUCAAAGUCCAUGAAGAACAGGCAAAGAAAGCCUCUAGCAAUAACACCAACCAAGCACUUCAAGAACACCGGUGGACAAAAGUGAAGCUCAUUAAACGGGAAGAAGUCAGCCCCGACACGCGAUCAUACACGUUCCAGCUCCCGGAGGGCAAGAACGUCCUUGGUCUCAACAACGGUCAACACAUCGAGUUGGGUUUUCACAUGCAGGACAAGAUGCUCAUCAGACCAUAUACACCCACACUACCUAUCCUACCUCCACUUCAGGUUAAUGGCUCUGGAAACUCCACGUCAUCUGAGGAGCUUCACGAUGGCAAGGGCACAUUCGAUCUCACCAUCAAAACGUACUUUCCAAGUCAAGACGAGCCCGGUGGUGCCAUGUCCAAUAUUCUCGACACUAUUCCAAUCAAUGAAGAAGUUGACAUUCGCGGCCCAAAGGGAGAGAUCAUUUACAGCGGGCAUGGACAAUUCAGCAUUGAAGGCAAGGCCUGCAACGUGAAGUACAUAUCUUUCGUCAUGGGCGGAACGGGAAUCACGCCAGGAUACUCUAUUAUUAGCCGUAUUGUCCAUACUGGCGAUGACAACACACAAAUACGCGUGUUAGAUGCGAAUAACACGGAGAAUGACAUUCUGCUCAAAGACGAGUUCGACUACUUUGAGAAGCACAGUGAUGGGAAGGUGAAGGUUGCGCAUGUACUUGCCAAGCCGGAUGAAAGCUGGGGCGGUUUGAAGGGAUUUGUGACAAAGGAUAUGAUGCAGGAGCACUUGUUCCCUCCCGGGGAAGACAGUAUUGUACUAGUUUGCGGUCCGCCGGCUAUGAUAACGAAGGCUGUUCUUCCUGGACUCAAAGAACUUGGAUACGUUGAAGAUGAGAAUAUAUUUGGAUUUUAG